AGUAAUUGAGUGUUAAAAUUGUGAAACAAAUGUAAUUGUGAAAAACAAUUUUAUGGUGGAAUAAGAAUUGGUGUAUAUUUGGUUGCCUAACAGUGAUUGUGACAAAGCAAACGGUUGCAGGAAUCAGUUCCCCUUUCUGCCGCGUGGUGGCAAAUAUGGCAGGAUCCUGAAACACGCCGUAGCCGCCACAGUCGCCGCCGUCAUUCCGCACGCGAAAUUUGCAACAAGCAAGAGGCAGUCCCGAAGCAAAUCCACGCACCCGGCCGCCGUGGCCGAAACUCACGCCUCGCUCCGUCCUCUCACAACGUGGUUUCCGCCGACAGCACGGUGGUCGCACACACACCGCGCAACAAUCAGCCACCACCGCCGCCGCAGUUGCCGCCGUCCGGAACCGCGGGAUGCACAUCGCACGUUUGCACCCCGCGCUUGGGUAAACGCAUGGUCCGCCGUACCAGCAGGAGCAGGUCGACGAUCGAGUAAGUGCCCUCCCUCCCGCGUGCCGGCAAACGCCGCUGCCGCCGCCGCCCCCGCCAUCGUGCGGACAUGCUGUGGUAAGACGCGGCCGUCCGCACACCUGGACCGCGGAGCGAGGCCCCCCGCGAACAUGUGCGCUCGCCUGCGGGCACCGACCACCGCAACCAGUAUCCACGAGAAACGCGACCUCGCCAGCCAGUGAGGGCCGCGUUCGAGGGGUGCCCCUCACGCUACGCCGACGACACGGCAGAUCACACAGUAAUGCGAAUGCCAUCGCACGAGGCGGCGAGUUGAUAAUGGCGCACUCACGCAGCAACCUUAAUCUUACCAACCCCAUCAAAGAGUUGGUCAGCAAGCGGCGGAAUCGCUACCGCCAAGAUGGAUUCAACCUGGAUCUGACAUAUAUAACAACAAAGAUAAUAGCAAUGGGUUUUCCCGCAUCGAACAUUGAAGGAGUUUAUAGGAAUCACAUUGAUGAUGUGGUGAAUAUGCUGGAGAAGAACCACUUGGACCGCUACUUCAUUUACAACCUGUGCUCGGAACGCUCAUACCAUCCGCAGAAGUUCCACAACCGCGUUAAGAAAUACCCAUUCGAUGAUCACAACCCGCCGAGGUUGGAUCUCAUCCGGCCGUUCUGCGAGGACGUGCAGGGAUGGCUGGACAAACACGAGGAAAACGUUGCGGUGGUGCAUUGCAAGGCAGGCAAGGGCCGCACCGGCACAAUGAUCUGUUGCUACCUGCUUCAUUCAGGCGGCAUGAAAAACGCCGACGAUGCGCUUAGGCUUUACGGGGAAACACGCACACAAGAUCAGAAAGGCGUCACCAUUCCCAGCCAGGUACGAUAUGUCCGUUAUUACGGACGAAUUGUACGUGACGGACUUGUCUACCGCCCCGCUGCGCUCUACCUCACCGAAAUCCGACUUGAACCGCCACCCACCUUCGGUAAUCGACAGGUGGAACUACAUUUCUCCGUGUAUAAUACCCGCGAGGGUGGUGAAAGCGGUGAGCCGGCGCCGGCACCCAUGAAAGUUUACAAGUCGACGGCUGUGGAGCUAACGCGCACCGAGCAAAACUACACCGUGCGCUUCCGCACCAACAUCGCACUGCGCGGCGACGUCAAGAUCGAGCUGCACAGUAAGAGUAUGAUCUCAAAGAAGUCGAAGCUGUUUCAAUUCUGGUUCAAUACGUUUUUCGUGGACGAGGAGGUGCCAUCAGGAGGCGCCGGACCAUCACAGCCGCCGCCACAGGACGCCAACGGCUAUCUUAACAACAGCGCGUCGAACAACCAACCGCAGCCAACGGCGGCUGUGACGGGCGGCAAUCGUCCGCUGACGAUGUGUCUCCGCAAAGGUGAACUCGACAUUGUCAGCAAGAAGGACAAACAGAACAAGAUGUUCUCUGCUGAUUUCAAGAUAACGCUGUUUUUUCUUAAAAAAUCCUCGAACGAAGGAACGGAUUGGAUGCUGACGCCUAAUCUGCAGCAAGCACAGGAGCGGUCGAGCGGCAGCUCCGAGGACUCCGACACCGACUCGUCCGAGUGGGAUAGCGCCGUGGAGUGUCAGGUGAACAUGGACCCGAAGGGCGUCGGAUACACGCGGCUGUUAUCCGACUGCGAUCUCUCGACGAAACUGAACGACCUGCAGGCCGAGUUGUAUGCCGUUUGAAGGCGCGCGUACUCACAUCCGAACGUUUUUAGCCAGCUGUGCUUUUUUUGUGAUAUCGCACCGUGUGUUGCAUUCGUUCAGCCAGGAUGUUGUGCACGGGACGGUUACAGGGCCCAAUUUAAAUAUCUCCACACACUCUCUCUCGACUCCAAAACGCCGCAAAUCGUGUUUUAACUCAUUAGUCAUAUCCAUUCGCAACACGUGAAAAAGUCAAUAAUUUACUGGCAGGGGCAUUGUGGUAUCAGUUUUUUGAGUUUGUUACAUGUUAAACACGUCUUCUUCUAUAAGAAAAUCAAUUCGAUGCCCCAGCUUGUAGCCUUCGAUGAAUCGAGAUUCUAAAAUAAUAAUAAAGUAAUAAGUUGCACGCGGAUUUUGAACAAUUUGCACAUUUCCAUGAUUGUUUCGUCAAGAAGUUGCUUGAGAUGCGUGCCGGGGGCAAUUCAACACGGUGCAGGUGAAUGUAUGAACGCUUUAAAUGAAAAAAAGAAACUGAAAUCAUUCUACACAUAUGAUUAACAAGAACAAAUUUUGUAUAAUAUGUAUUUUUGAGAUUUUUAUAAUAUACAUAACUCCACAUUUCGAUAAGCAACUCGCCGAGAACCACCACCUUCGAAUCACCCGCAUUUUGGAUUAACAACGUCGAACUUUUCGUUGGUUUUUUUUUAUAUAAUUUGUUUGAUUCUGUUUAAGUGUUUUGAUUUGAUUUUUUAUGAUUUCUGAUGAAUUUAUAUUUGGCUUUUACAGGCGAAUCGACGGUCUUAUGAGUGUUAAACCUAAUGGAACAGAAUAGCAAAUUAAUACACACACACACACACUCGAACACACAACGCACAUUCGAAGCGCGCACAAUUGUUAUCGGUUGUCGCGUCAUGUGAUACUUUUCAAAAUCAGCGUGGAGCGUGCUUGUGUCCCUGUCUUGAAUGUUCAUCAUCAUCAUCAGCAUCGCAUGCAUCAUCAUGAUCACCACCAUCAGGACGAUAUCGUGCUCCCCAUUGCUGCGGUAGUUGUGUGUAUGUAUAUUCGUAUUUUCUUUUGUCUCGCUGCAUUUUCAUAUUCGAUCGCACCACUCGUCGGCCUUGGGUAGCGAUUUGUGCCAUUUCACACCACUCUCUCACAACUCGAACGAGAAGAGCGAAAUUUGUGGACCAAACACACACACAUGCAUCUGAAUUCGGAAUAAUACCGGCGCAUUUCGAACGAUUUACUACUUGAAUCUCGCAUCGCCGCAUUAUUGUAUAUAUAUUGUAAAUAGAAAUGCGAGAUGAGUCGCCGCUAACAAUGGUUGCACAAAGUACAUUUAAACAUUUUCUAAUUACAUUAAACAAACACAACAAAAAAAAGAUAAAAACAACAACCACCACGGACCAUUGGCCGCAUGCGUACAUGCUGUGUAUUUUUUCAUUGUAAAUAAAUUCUAAAACAACGUUGAAUUAGUGGCGGAAUAUCGAUGUAUCGAUGGUUAAUUUGUUAAACGGCAGGCAUUUACUUGUUGUACUUUAUGUUGAUGUUAAUAACGUUGGUGUUGUGUGCUGUCGAAGAUUGUAAACACGAACAUCACGGCGCUUGUUGUCAUCAACACACACACACACGCACACAAAACAAAGAGAAUCAUUUGAUUUGCAAAUCUGAGGAAGGCACAAAUGGACUGAUAACGAAUUUCAUAGCUGUAUUAGAAGAGAUCCGAAAUCAAAGCAAAAGCAAAAAACGCAGAAAGGCACGACAUGAUUCGUUCGCUCAGUGAGAUUAAUUGAUACGCGUCAGGCCGGUUGUAGCUAAUUUUUAAUACCUAAUAAUUUAAUUUUCAUGUGCAUAUAAUACGGAUAGAGAGCGCCGCAGAGUAGUGUACUAUUUUUCUAUGUAUAUGUUAGUUAGUUUACUUCUACUAAGUGACGAUCAGGCACGGAGAUUACUGUGAAAUUUGUAUGUACCUAUGUAUUGUAAGUUUUUUAGAAUGUGCAAACGGCGCCGAAGUUUUGUUUGCAUUUACGCAUGGAAUGUGAUGAAAGAACAACUUAAGUUUUUCCCGAUUUUCUUUUGCAAAUAAUAACCAGAGAGAUACCAACGAGAUGCGAAAGAAGAAGCGAAUUGUUAGUACAAAUUUACUUUUUUUGUUUAAUUAAACUAGUUUUGAUCUCAAUUGAGUAGUGUGCUCGUGCGGAUUAUAUUUUUAAUAGACGGGACACGAUGUUUACCACACAAACAAAAAGAAGAAAGAACGAGUGUUGAUUUUAAUUGCGUUGAAAUUGCAAAAAGGAACGCCCAGUAUUGAUUGCACAUUCUGUGUGCGUGAGAGGAGGUUUAUUUCUUUCUUUUUAAUUGUUACUCAUGUUUUGUGUUACUUGUUGUGUAUUAAUAGUCAGCUUUGGGUUGAAAUUUUCAUUCGGUUUCAAAAAUGACGCGCGCAUGAUGUGUGCACGCGCAGAGAAUGCUUGCCCCAUGUUUUUAUUUUAUUUGGUAUUCUAUAAUAAGCAAAGCAAACGAAAUUCGUCGCUGGCACAACACAAUAUGCACAGAAGAAGAUUGUCACGACCGAAGGACAUCGUUGAACAUGUUUGCGCGGUGAUUUCAAACGUUAAAUUAUUUAAGUUUUAAGGCAAACGAAACCGAUUAAUCGUACUCUCUAAUUGAAAGGCUGUUUAUUACAAAUUAAUAUAGAUAUAAUUAUAAGUGAUAUUAUAAUUAUAUACUUAUAUUAUUCUAAAUAGUAAUAUAGUGUUUAUUCAAUUGUAAUAAAUAUGAAUUAUUGAUGGUAGUUCGAAAUUUGCUAACAAAUUUUGCACGCAUUCGAAUAGAGACACGGUACAUGCAAAUAUACAAAUAUUUUUAUACAGAAUAAUUAGAGAUUUACGAGAAUGAGUGGGCGACGCGAAGGCACACACACACACACACACACAUCCUGCACACGAUUGAACCAAAACACUUAUCAAACAAACAAACAAAGACGAUUGUGAGUACUGCUUUGGCAGGUGUGGAUCAGCUUUAAAUGUCGGAUGGUUUAUCGUUUUUUUUUUAUAUAAGUUUCUUCGCGCGCGCGGUGAUUUCAUUUGAGAGAAAAAAGAAAUAGAGAACUAUUUAUAAAUUGUACGGAUUUGUGGAAUUAAACACUAUGUAGUUAAUUAAUAUUGAAUGUCAUUAUUAUGUACAUUUAAUGUAUCUGUACUUAAUUACUUGUAUUGUUACAAUGAUAUUGAUUUAAGUUAUUAAGUGCCAAGUCGACGCGGCUCCCCGGAGCGCGCGAUUGUUAUUACUAAAUGUUAUAAAAAAAAUGUGAUUGAAAUAAUUGAUGAUCUAAAUUUGCGCAAAUAUUGGUUAGUAGUGGCGUGCGUUGCAAUACGGUCGGACAAGCAAGCUGGUUGGUGGUUACAGAGCGAACGCUUGAAAGUAUACGAUUCAAGAAUACUCCCAAUUUAUUUAAUUAUUUUUAAUAAACUUAGUGACGGACGCAAAACCUGUCGAACUGUGUAUUCGAACGAAUUCUAUGAUUAUUUCCAUACGUCUGUGUAGAUCAAACCCGCAACGUGUCUGAAUAAGUGUUGAACAUUGUAUUUAUUUGAUUUCGAUACCAUUUCCAUAUCAUUUUUUUAUAAUUCGCCAUUAUACUUUCUAUCAAUAGUUUUGUGAAUUAACUGUACAUGUAAAGAAUAUUAGAUCCCCUUUUAUUUAAUAUAAUAUAACAAAAAAGCAUUUAAA